AUGGCUUUUUCUAAAUUUUUUGAUCUUUCUAAUGAGCUUUCAAAUAUUUUUGAAGACUCAAAUGAUUAUGAUGUUGUUAUUCAAGCUGGUAAAGAACCAGACUUUAAAGAAUUUAAAGCUCACUCUGUUAUUUUACGUGCUAGAUCCCCUUAUUUCAAAGUUGCUUUAUCUGAUAAAUGGGUGAAAAAUAUUAAUUAUUUUCCAAAGCCGAAUAUCUCACCAGCUGUAUUUCAUUUAAUUUUACGAUAUAUUUAUACAGGAAUUCUUGACUUAAAAGAUCAACCUGGUUCUAAUAUUUUCGCUCUUCUUGUCGCCGCUGAUGAAUUAUUGCAUGAUCGUUUAGUUGAUCACGUACAAAAAUAUAUUCAAUGUUGUAAGGAAAUUCAAUAUUACAUUACAAAUACUCUCAACCUGUCAAUAAAUUCGGAUUCUGAUCUUUAUGAUCUUCUUGAUGUUGCUGAUGA